UUCUAAAAACCAUUCUUCUGUUGAUAUCUGCAAGAAUGUUCUUGCUUCCUGUUUCUUGAAAUUCCCACUUCUACACUUCAGUCUUUUCUUUUUCCUGCUUUAAAGAUCUUAGUCCAUCACUAUCAUAUAUAUAAAUAUACUGAGAAAUCUCCUACUUCAAUAAUGGGAAGCAAGUUUGAGUUCAGAUCAUUUCAAGUCAGUUCAAAUCAUAUUAAUCCUGAUGAUGGGUUUGGCUUCAAUCUUGAAUCUGUCAACUCUGCAUCUCUUACUACCAAUCUGCAGCCUUUUAGAUCGAGUACUCGAUCUUUUGAAUUGAGUUCAUAUGGUGAUUCUGCAUACAAUAGUGAAACUAGUAAUUUCUCCCAGGCUGUUUUGAAGUAUAUAAGUGAUAUGUUAAUGGAAGAAGACUUGGAAGAUAAACCUUGUAUGUUGCAGGAUUGUUUAGCUCUUCAAGCUGCUGAGAAAUCCUUGUAUGAUGUUCUUGGCGAAAAGUAUCCACCUAUUUGUGAUCAAUCCCCUUCUUCUAUUGAUCAAAACAACGAGAACCCAGAUGAUUAUUUUGCUACAGCUAGCGGUGUUGGUAGCUGCAAUAGCUACCCUUCUGCUGAUAACUUAGCUGAGCUCAAUUGGAAUUUUGAUCAAGGGAAGUUCGAGUCUGCUAAUAUUCUUAACAGGGUCACAGGGAAUGUUAACAAGCUUCCAGAUUCGGCACCACAGAAGAGUGGAAGGAGCUUUUUGUCGAACCUGUCAAGGGGAAGGAAGAAUCAGCAGCAUGAAAAUGGUAGUUACUUGGAGGAAGAAGGAAGAAGCAAGAAGCAUUCAGCGGUGAUCUAUACUGGAGUGUCGGAUCAGUUGGAGAUAUUCGAUAAUUCGUUUCUGCAUAAGGUUGAGAACAAUGAGUCCUUACCAUGUCCUCUAUUUGAUGCAUCACGAAAUGAAGAAAGCAAGAAAUUGCAGCAGAACGAGCAGUCACCCAACAACACACGUAUGAGGAGACACGCUAAGGAUAAAAAGAUGUUUGAUUUAUCUACACUCCUGAUUCAAUGUGCACAAGCUACAGGAACUGGCGACCAGAGGACUGCAUACCAGCAACUGAAGCUGAUUAGGCUGCACGCUUCGCCUUAUGGGGAUGCAAAUCAAAGAUUAGCUCAUUACUUUGCUAAUGCACUUGAGGCACGCUUGGCUGGCAGUGGGAAAUUGAUGCCUACUCUCUUUAUAGGACCUUCAACUAAUACUGCAGAUAUCCUGAAAGCUUAUCAGCUUUAUGUUUCAGUAUGUCCUUUCAGGAAGAUGUCAAAUUUCUUCACAAACAGGACGAUCACGAAAGCAGUAGAGAAGGCAACAAGGCUGCACAUCAUUGAUUUUGGCAUUUCCUAUGGAUUUCAAUGGCCUUGUUUCAUCUACCACCUGUCAACAAGACCUGGUGGACCUCCAAAGGUUCGCAUUACAGGAAUUGACUAUCCUCAACCUGGUUUUCGGCCUGGAGAAAGGGUCGAAGAGACAGGCCGAAGGUUAAAAAGAUUGGCUGAUAAGCUGAAUGUGCCAUUUGAGUACAAUGCUAUAGCGCAGAAAUGGGAAACUAUUCAAGGCGAAGAUCUCCAGAUUGACAAGGAUGAAGUAGUUGCUGUUUGCUGCAUGAACAGGUUAAAGAACUUGCCAGACGACACGAUUGUGCUUGACAGUCCAAGAGAUGCUGUUCUGAGAUUGAUCAAGAGUAUAAAUCCUGUUAUUUUCUUGCACGGAGUUGUUAAUGGCUCCUACAAUGCUCCAUUCUUUGCCACAAGAUUCAGGGAGGCGCUCUUCCAUUUCUCUUCACUGUUCGACAUGUUUGAGGCUAUAGCAACUCGUGAAGAUCAAGAAAGGUUGGUGUUCGAGAGAGAAUUGAUUGGAAAAGAUGUAAUGAAUGUUGUAGCAUGUGAAGGUUCAGAAAGGUUUGAAAGGCCUGAAACAUAUAAGCAAUGGCAGAUCAGGAAUUCUAGGAUCGGAUUCAGGCAGCUACCACUGCAUCAGGACAUAGUGAAAAGGGUUAGGAACAUUAAGAAUGAUUAUCAUAAGGAUUUCGCUGUUGAUGAAGAUGGUCAUUGGAUGCUGAUGGGAUGGAAAGGAAGAAUAAUUCAUGCCAUUUCAGCUUGGAAACCUAUCGAGGAGUGACAUGUACACUAGCUAUAUAUAUUUAUCCCAAAUCAUAAGCUAAUUAGAAUUUUUGGACUUA